AAAAAAUUAAAAAAUCAAACACAGUGAAGUGACUGUGACAUAACUUCUCUUCUUUAUAUAAAACCCGUACCAUUUUUUUCUUUAGUUUGAUACUUUUCUUCUCUCGAGCAAUGCCCAAUUUUAUUCUCCCAUUGCUGUUACUUCUCCUCUCAAUUCUCUGUAAUUCCGGUGCCGGAGAUUUACUCCGGUACCGAAAUUCAAACUCCGGUGUCUAUAAAGUAUGCAAGAAGACGAGCUAUCCGGAACUAUGUAUCCAAUAUUUAUCAAUUUUUCCCAAAUCCGUAACGCAAAGCCCUAAAAAAACCGCCAACGCGGGAUUGUUAGUGAGUCUAUACCGAGUUCAGAAAACACGAUCGUUCAUCAAGAAAGCGGCGGUUAAAAUCAAGGCGAUGAAGAGAAGAGAUUAUGGAGUUAUGCAAGAUUGUUUGGAGGUUUUUAGCGACGAAGUGAGUCUGCUCAGCGAGUCAAUUAUUGAGUUGCGCCAUAUGGGACUCGGAAGACAAAUGGAAGGUGACGUGGAAUGUGAUAUUGCUUGCCACGUGUUUAACAUUCAGAGUUCUCUGAGUGCUGCAUUAAGCGACGCUUCUACUUGUGCUGAGGAGUUUGAUGAGUUUUUGAAAAAGAAGAGUAUGGGGAAAUUGAUGGCCACGAUUAAGGCUAAGGCUUUGAAUGCUGAGCAAGCUACUGCCGUUGGAUUGGAUUUGUUUUGCCAAUUUGCUAAGUGUUCGACUUAAUGGUUUGAUUUUAUGUCGGCAGUGUUAUUUUAUUUAAUGGGUAUUAUAUUUUCGUAUAUUGUUAUUUUAUUUUCUGGUAAUAAUAAAAUGACAAAAAAGAUUAUUGUUUUCUUUUA